AUGAAAGUACCGGUGGAAGAUGUUGGUAUGGCCAUCGCAACAAUGGUCAAGAUGGGCAAGGAAAAAGCCGAUCGAGAAAGUAACCAACACUUUCUUGACAUAUGA